GAGAGAGAGAGUGAGAGUGGAGGCCUAUGACCUUGAAUAAACUUUCUCUGGUUUUUUUUUAUUGAUAUUAUCAAUCCUGUAGAAAGAAAGUCUUUUUUUAUAUUUUCCCUGCCGCGAAAGGACAGAGAGAGAGACUAGAUCAAAACGUUGACUUGAGACGAUUACUUCUGAUCAAACAAGAAGAACGCAGGCAAAUCUAACCUUUGGCCAAAGAAAUCUGAUGCGUCCCCUACAGAGAUUGCCGGAGAUUCCCAGAGAAAUGGAUCACGCUAGAUUGCGCCAAGAAUACAAGGAUGAACGCUUGUGUAUGAAGAUUUUGGAUAGAAUGCGUGGUGAUAGUCCUGAAAGAGUUUUGCUGACUGGGAAAUCCGGAAUCGGUAAGACGAGGCUGGCAAGGAAGGUAGGCGAGCAUGCAAUAAAAGAUCCCUUGUGCUACCUCACCCUCUGCAUGCACCUCAACUACAAGAUUGAAGAUGAACUAUCACUUUAUGAAAACAUAGCUUUCCAAAUGGAAGUGUAUGACAGAGACAGGUUGCUAGCGGAUGACUUGGUCAAGGCUUUGAAAGACAAGAUAACUGCAGAGCUCAUCAGGAGAAAGACACAAGCUGUAGAAAAAGUAAGGGCUCUAAAAGUGGAGAGAACAACAAAGACAUCAUCUGCAGUAGUGCCUUAUAUUCUGCUGAUCCUUGAUGAUGAAGGAAACCCGACCAGUGAAGACAAAGUGAUGAAAGAGUUAGGCCUUGGGAGCUUUCUCAAAGAUUACGCACCUCUAAAAAUCCUUAUUACUAGAGGAAAAAGAUAUGAAAACGCGACAAGGAGUGAGGGGGAAACGGAGUCCUCUGCCACGGACAAGCCACAAGAUACAGAGUUCCAGGGGGACAAAGUGAUGAAAGAGUUAGGCCUUGGGAGCUUUCUUAAAGAUUACGCACCUCUAAAAAUCCUUAUUACUAGAGGAAAAGGAUAUGAAAACGCGACAAGGAGUGAGGGGGAAACGGAGUCCUCUGCCACGGACAAGCCACAAGAUACAGAGUUCCAGGGGGAUAAUAUGUCUGAUUUAUUUGAGUACCUUAUCAAGAACGAUGCAAGUGAGUUGCUUAACUCCCUUGAGAAAGCUUGGAAGAUUGACGAGCCAUUGAUAUCUCGCAUGGCGCGAAGAACCAGUUUGCCCGCAGCAAUCGUCGUUCUUGCCAAGUCCCUAAAUUGCAUCACACGUCAGAACACUUUCAAGAGUCUUUCUUCCAAACAAGAAAAGGUUUUAAAGGAUGUUUUAUCCCCCAUUGAGCCAGCCGAUUCAGUUUCUCAAUACGAUCCUAUCCUGCAACUUGCUUAUCAGCUGUUGGAAACCGAUGAUCCAUCGAAGAAUGCCAUUAUUGAUUGUUUUUGGCAGCUUGACUUUUUUGAGCACUGCGGCUGUUAUUACCGUGACCUGAUCACACAAUGGAUACUUGAAGGUUACUUUGAACCUGUUCGAUCUGUUAAGAAGGCUUACAACGAUGGUCAUGAUAUCUUGUUGGAGCUUAUCAACCGUGGUUUUCUGAAGAUACAAGAGGGUGAUAUGGUUGUACCAGAGAUGGCAAUGAACAAUAUAACCGAUCUUCGGCAUCAUGGGCUCUUAGGCAGAUCUCGGCUCCGGUUUGCCAGGGUUGAUGGUGGUGACAAGAUCAAAGGUCUAGGGAAAAUCAUCCAAAUAGAUGAUAUGAUAAAAACAGUACAAGCAAAGAAACGAGACAACAUUUUUACGAUUCUGGUAAGUGGAAACCGUCUACGUCGUGAAGUACCUCAAAAAUUCUUCGAGCAGAUGACGGAUCUUAAAGUACUUGCUCUUUUCGAUCCAACAGUGGAGGGUUUAACUGGGUAUUUAAAGGAUCUAAUUCAACUGCGAGUUCUUGUGAUCAGGAACUGUGAUCUACUGUCAGAUAUCGAGGAGCUUAGGAGUCUACAAUGGCUACAAGUUCUUGAAAUUUCUGGAGCUAGCUCUUUGGAAACUAUCUCCGAUGACUUCUUUGCCUCGAUGUCUGAACUUCAAAGUCUUAAUCUCUCUGGACUUCGGAUCAAACAUUUACCAUCCAGCAUUUCUCAACUCAAGAACCUCCAGAGUCUCAUCCUUAGGGACUGUCCUGUAUUGGAACACUUGCCAGACAUACAGGAACUAGAGAAGCUCGAGGUUGUUGAUGUCCGUGGAUCACACAACCUGAAAACUUGCUUCGGCGAAAGAUUUGACACACGCAGAAACCAAACCUUUUCUCGUCUUCGACAGCUUCAGCUCCUUGACUUUUCAAAGAGCAAAAUAAAACGACUUCCAAUGUUUCAUGCUGUGGCUGACAUGCUUCACUCCUUGACGCGGCUCUCACUGCACAACUGUAGCAAUUUGACAAAGUUGCCCAAUCUCAAACCUUUAUCGGGUCUCCAAAUUCUCGAUCUUUCUGGCACCACCAGUUUAGUGGACAUAGCGACAGUAUGCUUUGAGCAGAAAGAGGAACUCAAAAUUCUUAAUCUGUCGGGCACAAAGUUGACAGAAUUGCCUUCCACCAUCUUUGUGCUAUCGAACCUCAGUCAAAUCCUCCUACGGGGCAGCUCCAACCUAAAAGCAAUCCCAAACGUCGAGGGACUCACAAGCCUCGAGGUCUUUGAUGUUUCAGGGUGCACUGAGUUGCAUACAAUUGAGGGAUCCUUUAAAGACAUGUUUUACCUGCACAAAGUAAAUCUCUCUGGAACCAGGAUAAAAACCUUACCAGAGUUGCCAGAGAAAAGCAUCAUCUGUUGCUCGAAACUCCUUGUUCUGGCAGAUUCAAGAAGAUUGGAACAUGCUACUUGGAGCCAAGUAAAGGAAGCCAUAGAAAAUAGGAUGCCUGAGGAUCUUAGCUCUUCUGGUACCAGCGGUGAAAUCCAAGAAAUCUCAAGAAAGGAGUCAGGAAGAACAGGAAAGAAAGAUUUGAAUGAAGCUUGGGCCUUCGAUUCUCAAUUAUACAAAGGUCACAUAUACAGGGAUAUCUAUACGAACACAAUACCGUUUGUUGAUACCAAAAGUCAUCAGGAAAUCCUAGAGAUCCAUGGAUCUAAUGGCGUAGAUCAAGAUGAGGAAAACUUAGCUAAAGCUGAGUUUGUGGCAUUUGUGGACAACAACGUCGCAAGUCUCUCAUCCAUCUUCAAUGAUUUGAAAUCAGUAAAAGGUUGUUGGCUGGAGAUGUGCAGUGAUAUUAAAACCCUUUUCUCUGAUGUAGAUGAGGAAUCUCUUGGAAACUUGGAGGCUUUGUCAAUAACAAAUUUUCGAUGGUUGGAUAGUAUAUUCAGCAGAGGAUUAACGAAUCUGAAAAAACUAAGCCUAGAUUGUUGCCCGACUAUCAUAACGCUUUUCCCUGAUUCCGCACCUCCCAGCCUGGAAGUCCUGAAAAUAAAGUUUUGUGUUAAGCUGGAGAAAGUGUUUGAAGAAGAAGAUGAAUUCCCGAGUCUGCACACACUGUGCCUUUUUGAGUUACCUGAGCUAUCCGCUGUCGGUGCUAAGUUGCCUAAUCUGGAGACCUACCAAAAAGACAAAUGCCCAAAGCUGAAAUGUUCAAAGGAAAAUCUCAAAAGAGAGAAUAGCCGAGAUGAAAUUCUUUGUGAUUCAGACUGUGAAAAGGCUGAGCACGGUGAGGAUAUAUGAAAAAACCAUGGAAAGCCGUCGAACCAAGAUCGAGUUACUAAGCAUUCUUUCACUGAAUCCUUGUCUUUGAUUACUUACUUUUUUCUCUGUGUUCGUGUUUCUGUAUUUGCACCACGAUUAUCUGUUCAACAUACUGUUUUAUUCUGCUUGCACUUUGUGACUGGCGAUGGACGCUCUGUUUCUCCACUGUACC